GCUCCUCCCACUCCCCGCCCUGCGGCUCUUCCUCACGUCGCUGCUGCAGUGCAACCCACGGAAACGGACGGAAAAUAGGUUACGCUUCUUCCCUGUCCAAACCAGCCUUUUCUUUACCGAACAACAAGACCAGGAGCAGAAUUUCCCUCUUAUUUUUGUGCUCUCAUUUACUGCUGUUCAUUUCCGAGGGGGAAUUCCGUCGCGCAGGCAGCAAAAUGGGAAAUGAAGCAAGUUAUCCCCUGGAAAUGUGCUCGCAUUUCGAUGCUGAUGAGAUUAAAAGGCUGGGAAAGAGGUUUAAGAAACUCGACCUAGAUAACUCGGGAUCCCUCAGCGUGGAGGAGUUCAUGUCCUUGCCCGAGUUACAGCAGAACCCGCUGGUGCAGAGAGUCAUCGAUAUAUUCGACACGGACGGGAACGGAGAGGUGGAUUUCAAAGAGUUUAUAGAAGGCGUCUCUCAGUUCAGCGUGAAGGGUGAUAAGGAGCAGAAGCUGCGCUUCGCUUUCAGGAUCUACGACAUGGACAAGGACGGCUACAUUUCCAACGGAGAGCUGUUCCAGGUGUUGAAGAUGAUGGUGGGCAACAACCUGAAGGACACUCAGCUGCAGCAGAUAGUGGACAAGACCAUCAUCAACGCAGACAAGGACGGCGACGGGAGGAUAUCCUUCGAGGAGUUCUGUGCCGUCGUCGGAGGUCUUGAUAUACACAAGAAGAUGGUGGUGGACGUGUGAGCCUCCGGCAGAUCCGCUUUCCUCUCCAUCUCUGACGACCUGCUCAAGAUAUCCAGCAAAUGCUCUCUGUGUGUUUCAAUGGAAGUAUUUAAGCCACUUUUGUCAAAUAGAAGCCUUGUCAAGCCGGCGUGUAAGUGUUACCGAACUCCAGUCCGCUCGAUAACCUGGUGUAGCACUUUAUGGGCUCAUGGACAAUGAAAGAGCAUCUCCGUUCAAGAGGAAAGAGCAUCGGCUUGUCCAUAUUUAUUUAGGGUUAGGGUUUUUAAAAUGCUUCUUUUUUUUUUUAUAUUUAUUUGGUUUCGUCUUUUUUAAGAUAUCGAGUAUGAUCUAAUAAGUAUACGUAGGUAUGACGUGCCAAGCAGAACAUACAGAAGCGAGCGCUCGCCACCAUCCUGUGCAGAAGCUUGUUCGACCGCAUGACAUAAAGACGCUUCCUUCUCUUACACUUUGUGAUAAUAUUACACUAUUUAUAUCAUUCUAGCAUUUAACCAUGUUUAAUAACUGUUUUUGUAUCGCUCGUGUUAGAACCUUUGUAUUGUUAGGUCUGAAGUCCGGUAGAGAGUUACCGAGGCUAAAGCGCUUGGGUCUACUUCACUGACACCAGUACUGAGACGCUCACACUACUACACGCCGAUGGAUCUCAGAGCGCCACGCUUGUGACACUAGCGCACGAAACCAGUCGUACGGGUCGAAAAUCGAUAUUUACGCAACAUCUGGAAGCUAAAUGAGCUUUCCUUUGACAUUUGAUUGGAUAGGACACGACGAUAUUUACGAUUUUAACCAAAAGUGGACAUUUAUAACACAUUUACGGCUAUAUUAAUGUGUUAGAUCGAAAUCGAAAUAUUGAGUAAAUUGCCUUUAAAGUUGCCCAAAUGAAGUUCUUAGCCAUGCAUAUUACUAAACCAAAGUUUAAGUCGAUAUAUUUACAGUUGGAGUAUUUUCACGGAACAUGAUCUUUAAUGGUUUUUAGAUAAAUACUGAGCUCCACUAAUAUACCCGUGCUACUUAAGACUGCUUCUGCGCUCCAGUCUCACAUUUAAGAACCGAAGCGUUCCUCUUUGAAGCGCCGCGCGUCAGUCGUCUCUUAAUACAUGGGUUAUAUUCACCGAGUGCUCAAACAUCAGCACAGCCAAUCAUUUCAAGAUCAGAACUUCAAACGUAAGACUCUGAAUGUUUACAUGCAUGACGGGAGCAGCGUAACCAAACUCAUCACCGAACGAGGCUUCUGCCCUGCUUGCUCGGACUAGUUCCUUUCUGCAUGCUUACUUUCAAUGGUUUACACUUAAGCUGUGAAAUCUAUAUCCGAUAUCAAAAGAACCAUGAAAUGCAUUACAUAAGUUGCCAAAUCAGCUUCGAACAGACGCGCGUUCUUUUCAGACUCGGCUUGCGUCAUUUGCCCGUUCGUUUUGUAAAUACAGACUUAACCAGUUACUCGCGCCUCGACAAAAUGGGUCUGUCUGCAGCUUUUGGUGAAUGAAAGCGUGUCUCGAGACGCGCCGAGCUCGUCAGUUAUGGGAUGUCUAUUCUGCAUGCUGCAUCAAAUCAACUAUUAUGGGACUACUUGAUACCGUAUGAAACAAUAAACACGUACAACUUUA